CUCUCUCACACCAUUUAAUUUCAUUGCACCCUCUCAAUUCUCUCUGCCAUUACUCUCCCCUCUUUUUCUCCUCCAAGAUUUUGCACCUACCUUUCAAACUCUUCGCUCGCCAACAAACCGCUUCACUACCAAGACCAUCAGCGGUUUUCCGAUCACAAAUCUCUCAGACCAGACGACGUCACUGUCCGCUCCACCACCUUCUCCCUUUUAGUGUUGUUGUUUCAUUGCUUCGUCCUCUCAGUGCAGAGAUGAAACCCUCGAGACAACAAUAAAGAGAGGAUCGAAGAUUAAAUUACAAGCUAAGGGUUUUUGGUUUCAGUCUGCAGUGUAUAAGAGAAAAGAUGUUCGAGCCAAAUAUGUUGCUCGCGGCUAUGAACAACGCGGAUAGCAAUAAUCACAACUACAACCACCAUGAAGACAAUAACAAUGAAGGGUUUCUUAGGGACGAUGAAUUCGACAGUGCCAAUACCAAAUCCGGAAGUGAGAAUCAAGAAGGAGGAUCAGGAAACGAUCAAGAUCCUCUUCAUCCUAACAAGAAGAAACGUUAUCAUCGUCACACCCAACUUCAGAUCCAGGAGAUGGAAGCAUUCUUCAAAGAGUGUCCUCACCCAGAUGACAAGCAAAGGAAACAGCUAAGCCGUGAACUGGGGUUGGAACCUCUUCAAGUCAAAUUCUGGUUCCAAAACAAACGUACCCAAAUGAAGAAUCAUCACGAGCGGCAUGAGAACUCGCAUCUUCGGGCGGAGAACGAAAAGCUUAGAAGCGACAACCUUAGAUAUCGAGAGGCUCUCGCAAAUGCUUCGUGUCCUAAUUGUGGUGGUCCGACGGCUAUCGGAGAAAUGUCUUUCGACGAGCACCAACUCCGUCUUGAAAAUGCUCGAUUAAGGGAAGAGAUCGACCGUAUAUCAGCGAUUGCAGCGAAAUACGUAGGCAAGCCAGUCUCAAACUAUCCUCUUAUGUCUCCUCCUCCUCUUCCUCCACGUCCUCUAGAACUCGCCAUGGGAAAUAUCGGAGGAGAAGCCUAUGGAAACAAUCCAACCGAUCUCCUCAAGUCCAUCACUACACCAACCGAAGCUGAUAAACCGGUCAUCAUCGACUUAGCUGUGGCUGCAAUGGAAGAGCUCAUGCGGAUGGCUCAAGUGGACGAUCCAAUGUGGAAGAGUUUGGUUCUAGACGAUGAAGAGUAUGCUCGGACGUUUCCUAGAGGGAUAGGACCUAGACCUGCUGGAUUUAGAUCCGAAGCUUCCCGAGAAACCGCUGUUGUGAUCAUGAAUCAUGUUAACAUCGUUGAGAUUCUCAUGGAUGUGAAUCAAUGGUCUACGAUUUUCGCGGGGAUGGUUUCUAGAGCGAUGACUUUAGCGGUUUUAUCUACUGGAGUUGCAGGAAACUUCAAUGGAGCUCUUCAAGUGAUGACUGCAGAGUUUCAAGUUCCAUCUCCAUUAGUCCCGACUCGUGAAACUUAUUUCGCACGUUACUGUAAACAACAAGGAGAUGGUUCGUGGGCGGUUGUCGAUAUCUCCUUGGAUAGUCUCCAACCAAAUCCCCCUGCUAGAUGCAGGCGGCGAGCUUCAGGAUGUUUGAUUCAAGAAAUGCCAAAUGGAUAUUCUAAGGUGACUUGGGUGGAGCAUGUGGAAGUUGAUGACAGAGGAGUGCAUAACUUAUACAAACACAUGGUUAGUACUGGUCAUGCCUUUGGAGCUAAACGCUGGGUAGCGAUUCUUGACCGCCAAUGCGAGCGGUUAGCUAGCGUCAUGGCUACAAACGUUUCCUCUGGAGAAGUUGGCGUGAUAACAAACCAAGAAGGGAGGAGGAGUAUGCUGAAAUUGGCGGAGCGGAUGGUUAUAAGCUUUUGUGCAGGAGUGAGUGCUUCAACCGCUCACACAUGGACUACGUUGUCCGGUACAGGAGCUGAAGAUGUUAGAGUGAUGACUAGAAAGAGUGUGGAUGAUCCAGGAAGGCCUCCGGGUAUUGUUCUUAGUGCAGCCACUUCCUUUUGGAUCCCUGUUCCUCCAAAGAGAGUAUUCGAUUUCCUCAGAGAUGAGAAUUCAAGAAAUGAGUGGGAUAUUCUGUCUAAUGGAGGAGUUGUGCAAGAGAUGGCACAUAUUGCUAACGGGAGGGAUACCGGAAACUGUGUUUCUCUUCUUCGGGUAAAUAGUGCAAACUCUAGCCAGAGCAAUAUGCUGAUUCUACAAGAGAGCUGCACUGAUCCUACAGCUUCCUUUGUGAUCUAUGCUCCAGUGGAUAUUGUAGCAAUGAAUAUAGUGCUUAAUGGAGGUGAUCCGGACUAUGUGGCUCUGCUUCCGUCGGGUUUUGCUAUUCUCCCUGAUGGUAAUGCCAAUGGUGGAGGAGAUGGAGGGUCGCUCUUGACCGUGGCUUUUCAGAUUCUGGUUGACUCAGUUCCUACAGCGAAGCUAUCUCUUGGCUCUGUUGCAACUGUUAACAAUCUAAUAGCUUGCACUGUUGAGAGAAUCAAAGCUUCCAUGUCUUGUGAGACAGCUUGAAAACAACCCAUUAG